UUUAAGAUCCAAACAAAGAGGCGGCCACUGGAAAUAUCUUUCCUUUUCUUCCUUCUUCCUCUUCGCUUAUAGCAGAUAAACCCUUUUCUCCUGCAGUACAAAUGUUUACUUUGAAUCCCAUACCCUCCUCUCCCGUCGCUUUCUCUAAAUCCACUCAUCAGCAUUAUCCCAUUAAAAGGAUCCAAAUUCCCCAUAACUUUACUCACUCUCCCUUUUUUCUUAACAAAUCCACCCCUCUCAGUUCCGAACUCUGCAACUUCAACAAAAUCCAUGGCUUCCCUUUGGGAAAGAUCCAAGCUUUAACCGCCAAAACAUCUCAUUUGGAGAAUAUCCUUGAAAACCCAUAUAGGAAACCAGGAUCCCAUGUUCCCAAGGCAGCUGCAUCAUCUGAACCGAAUCCAGGAGCUGAAUCUGUUGAAGCCGCAGAAGCUAAGUCAAAGGCCAAGACUUUACAGCUUGCACUCGUGUUCGGUUUCUGGUACUUUCAGAACAUUGUCUUUAAUAUUUACAAUAAGAAAGCGUUGAAUGUCUUCUCAUUCCCAUGGCUUCUCGCUUCUUUUCAACUCUUUGCCGGUUCCGUUUGGAUGUUGGUUCUCUGGUCUUUAAAGUUGCAACCUUGUCCCAAAAUCACAAAGCCUUUCAUUAUCGCACUCCUCGGACCCGCGUUGUUUCACACAAUAGGCCACAUCUCGGCUUGUGUUUCGUUUUCCAAAGUUGCCGUUUCCUUCACUCAUGUUAUUAAAUCAUCGGAGCCCGUGUUUUCGGUUGUUUUUUCUUCAUUCCUCGGUGAUACAUACCCUUUAAAAGUCUGGCUGUCUAUUCUCCCCAUUGUUCUGGGAUGUUCUCUAGCUGCCGUAACUGAAGUUUCCUUCAAUCCCCAAGGCUUAUGGGGUGCUUUGAUCAGCAAUGUCGGAUUCGUGUUGAGAAACAUCUAUUCCAAGAAAAGUUUGCAGAACUUCAAGGAAGUGAACGGAUUGAAUCUUUAUGGUUGUAUCAGUAUAAUCUCUCUGUUUUAUCUGUUUCCAGUGGCUGUUGUGGUUGAAGGGUCCCAAUGGGUUCAAGGAUAUCACAAUGCAAUCCAAACAGUGGGGAAAGCCUCCACAUUUUACCUAUGGGUUUUGCUUUCCGGGAUAUUUUAUCAUCUGUACAAUCAAUCGUCUUAUGAGGCACUCGAUGAGAUUAGCCCUUUGACAUUUUCGGUGGGGAACACGAUGAAGAGAGUGGUGGUUAUAGUUUCGACUGUGUUGGUGUUUAGGAAUCCAGUUCGGCCUUUGAAUGCACUUGGAUCUGGGAUUGCCAUUCUUGGAACUUUCUUGUAUUCUCAAGCUACAGCUAAGAAGAAGAGCUCAGAUGGUGAAAAGAAGAGCUAAGGUUUCAGUAAUUUCUUCAAAGUUUUGAACUUUUUUUCCUUGGGUCUUUCGUUUUGAUCUCAAGACAUUUGCCUUUUGUAUC